UAAUUUAUAAAAAUAUAUAUAUCAUCUCAUAUGUAAAUGUAGCUUCACUUGUACUCGUCUUCACACUUGUUGUGAAUCAGGCCUCUAUAAAGCGCAUGCACCUCAACGCCACCCUCUUAAACUGAAAGCCCAAGUUGGAAAAUUCUGAGCCCAAAAAAUAUUGAUCAUCGAACACAUGGGAAGUUCCGUGCGUGUGAAAGAAGCAUCGGUGGUAACACCUUGCGAGCCCACACCAUCAAGUGUGUUGGCUCUAUCCGCUCUCGAUUCGCAACUCUUCCUUCGUUUCACCAUAGAGUAUCUCUUCGUCUACGAGCCUCGCUCCAGCGUGGACCGGGCCGCCACCACGGCCUGUUUGAAACAAGCAUUAGCCAGAGCACUGGUUCCCUACUACCCCUUCGCGGGCCGGGUCAGGCCCACUCCCGACGGGCCGGGCCUCGAGGUGGUGUGCGCAGCCCAAGGCGCCGUCUUCAUAGAAGCUUCCGCUGAGCGUUACACCGCCAACGACUUCGAGAAAGCUCCCAAAACGGUUACACACUGGAGGGCGCUGCUGUCGCUCCACGUGGCGGAUGUUCUCAAGGGAUCGCCGCCGCUGGUGGUGCAGCUCACGUGGCUAGGCGGCGGAGGCGCCGCCCUCGGCGUCGGGAUCAACCACUGCCUCUGCGACGGGAUCGGAAGCGCGGAGUUUCUAAACUACUUGGCGGAGUUAGCUAACGGGAAAAGCGAGUGGUGGUCGAAAGUACCUAAACCUGUUUGGGAGCGUCACCUUCUGAACCCGACGCGUGGGAAGCAGACGCGGGUUGACCCGGCGAGUCACCCCGAGUUUGAGCGAGUUCCGGAUUUGUGCGGCGGGUUCAUGAAGAAAGUCUCGACCGGGCUUAGACCAACCUCGGUUACUUUCGACAAGAGGAGGCUGAGCGAGCUGAAGAGGUUGGCUGGUUGCACGAGUGAACCCGGGGAGUCGGUGCGUUUCACGUCGUUCGAGGUGCUGGCGGCGCACGUGUGGAGAAGCUGGGCGAGGGCGCUGAAGUUUCCGGGGAACCAGGUUUUGAAGCUGGUGUUUAGUGUAAACGUGCGGAAGCAUGUUCGGCCGUGUUUGGGAGAGGGGUAUUAUGGGAACGCGUUUGUUUUGGGGUGCGCGGAGACGAGUGCGAAGGAGUUGGAGGAGAGGGGCAUCGGGUACGGGUCGGGUCUGGUGAAGCGGGCGAAGGAGAGGGUGGGGAACGAACACGUGCGGGGCGUGAUCGAGUGGGUGUGGGAGAGGAAAGCGUGUCCUGACCCUGUGGGGGUGUUGAUACUGUCGCAGUGGUCGAGGCUGGGGUUGGAGAACGUUGACGUGGGUUUGGGGAAGCCGGUUCACGUGGGACCCGUGUGCUGCGAUAGGUACUGUUUGUUUUUGCCGGUGAGGGAUGAGUGUGUGAGUGUCAAGGUCAUGGUGGCUGUCCCCACUUCUGCCGUUGACAAUUACGAGCUUUUCAUGCGUGCGUCGCACCUGUGACUUGUACACCGUUAGUUAGUUACUGAGAUAACUGAUGUGGCUACUGGCUACUGGCUACUACUACAGCGUUACCUCUAUCUACUGUAACAAAUUACGGCUGGUUAAAUUUUGGACUUUACAGUAAUGUGUAUGUAACCUUUGUCCACGCAUGGCAUAUAGCAUGCUUUUUUGGUCUAA